ACAUACCCGCUUAAGUUUGCAUCAUUAGUCCAUGAUCAGUGCUUUGGAGUAAAAAAACAAUUUGCUUUGUUUUUGUCUUUAGUCCGUUUCUGCAAUAACUGUUUUGUUUUGUUUUUUUAAUCGUUUUGUGUUUUUUCAUUCUUCCCCUUUAGUUGUUUAAGUUCUCCCUUCCCAGGUGAGACGGAUUAACAUGUAUUUAUCGGAUGUUUAGUUGUCAGAACUGCGGUGAAGCUCCUGAACGCACCGUGUUCUAGAGUACUACGGAGGAGAGUUUAAUUUAGGGAAUUCCGGUUCUUUUUUAAGAUCCUGAUGAUUUGGCUCAACUCGAAUCUUCUGCUCCCGAACUGCUCUUUGCUUCACAUCUCCUCUAACUUUCACAUAUGUCAAUGUUCUUAUAGUUAAUUAGUAUGUGUCCAUACCUGCUGCAAAUGUAAAACACUAAUAUCGCUCCAAGCAUAAAUAAUGUUAUAUAAAUUCUAAAUUAGAUAUCAUUUUAAACCGAUAGCUAAUGAUACAAAAUAAGGUCAAAUCUCACUUCCUGGGUUACCUCCAUAAUUACGCCUUCUUCGUUCAUUGUAGCACAUUUAAGAGAAAUAGGUAGUGUGGAUAAAAUAUCCAUAUGAAUCCAUUAAGAAGGAAAGUGCAUGACGUACUGUCAGUAGUUUGUUUUAUGCAAGUUUUGGCAAUGGCCUUUUGAGGUUUGCUCUCUCUGUGGAGGGUGCCAAUGAUUGUCUGCUGGACCCUCACAAUGCGGAAUAAAAAAAUGCAAAGUGAAAUUAAAUGUUACCAUAACUCAUUUCAUCCAAGUAUCUUCAAAGCCUUGUGAUGGUUGGUGAUGUUGUGGGCAAGAAGGAUCUCAGGUAGCAGUUAGCUCAGGUAGCAGUCAGUCUUACAAAGUAUCGGAGGAGGCCUCUGACUGAAGACUGUUGUAUGACAAUCUAAUGAGAGUUAUGAUUUGCUAACAACUCAAGGUCCAGGCAGUUGAGAUGAUAUUUCACAGUGACCUGUCAUUGGAAAGCAGUGCUAAAUUAGCACUGUUAAUCUACUAAUUAUUACUUUGGGUCAUUCCUCUUUAAAUAUCUGGCUGUGUGGUCAGAAAACCCUUGGAGUAGGGGAUAAUUGUCACCCAUUAUGAUCAACAAGAGAGAUGGUUUAAACUUUCUCCUUCUCUUGCUGAAGCCUCUUUCCAACUUCUGGGAUUUCAGGUGAUGCUGAUGCUAAUCAGCUGCUCCCAUUUGUAAAAACAACACACUGUUGUCACGGUUACACAUCAUAACAACUCUCUGAAAGCAAAAAAACGUAAAACCUUCUAGAUGCACAGCAUUAAAACUAGAGGAAAUAAUAGUCCAAACAUGCAAUGGCUCAACUGAAACUGUCCAAAAUGCUCCUCUAUGAGCUGGACUACAGUCUAGAAAAUGCUUAAAAUAUUGUGUAAUCAAUUGACAUAAGUUUCAGUUUUUGAGUGAAAUUAAUGAAAUUAAACGAUUAAAAAAAAAUAAGAUAUUCGAAUUGUUACAUCCCUGAGCUUAGGUUGUGUUGGGAUCAUUUUUCUCUUCGUGACAUUCGCCGAGAUGAGCCGGCACGUCGAAUCGGCUCGGUCACGGACUCCUCUCAAAGUGAGCGACUGUGCCGCUCCACGGUAGCAGCUCUGCUUCGCACUUCCAGCCGCCAGAGAGCCGAGCUGAGCAGGGCCGGGGGUGGGGGGACAGACGCCUGGGCUCCGUACGCUGUGAUGUGCAGUAGAUGGGAUUAACCCGCUCAGACAGCUCUGGGAAACGCUAAUAGUAGUAGCGGUAGUAGUGGAGGAGAGAAGGGAGGUUGUGGAGGAGGGGGGGAGCCCCGCGUAAAAGCUGCGCCGCACGUGGAAAACUUGCGCUGCUCCGUCCCUCGGAGAGAAAACAAGCUCCCCCUUCCAAAAAAACAGACGCCAACAAACAGACCCGGGUCCAGACUCGCAGCAGCCGUCCGGAUCGACCUCUAGCUCUCCUCGCGCACAUGCCUGCUGUGUUGAUGUGGAGGAGAGGGGGUCAGCGGACCGGGGAGCAUGUUUGAAUCAUCUCGCUGAAAGUUGCAGGGGAAAACCAAUUCCAGCUGACCAUCUCGCUUGCUUUUUUUUUGUUGUUGUUUGUUUAGUUUUUUUUCUUUUUUGUUGUUCUGCUUGGUGGAAGCCAAACUCAAUGGAGGGCCAAGCGGGCGAGCUGCACGCCAACGAGGACGUGCGCAAGAGCGGCUACCUCCGCAAGCAGAAGUCCAUGCACCGGCGCUACUUCGUGCUGCGCGCCGCCUCGGAGCGCGGUCCGGCCCGCCUGGAGUACUACGAGAGCGAGAAGAAGUUCCGCGGCAAGGCCCCCGUCCCGAAGAAGGCGGUGGCGCUGGAGACGUGCUUCAACAUCAACAAGCGGGCCGACUCCAAGAACAAGCAUAUGAUCGUGCUGUACACCCGGGCGGAGAGCUUCGUCGUGGCCGCGGAGAACGAGGAGGACCAGGACGAGUGGUUCCAGGCCAUGGUGGAGCUGCAGUGCAAAAGUAAAAAUCCUAUUGACAGUGCGAGUUCAGGGGACUAUGGAGCGCCAAAUCCAGGACCUGCAUUCAAAGAAGUUUGGCAGGUGAAGGUGUGGCCUAAAGGCCUGGGUCAGGCCAAGAACCUGGUGGGCAUCUAUCGCCUUUGCCUUACCGAAAAGACUGUAAACUUUGUGAAGCUGAACUCCGACGCAGCCGCUGUGGUGCUCCAGCUGAUGAACGUCAGGCGUUGUGGACAUUCAGAAAACUUUUUCUUUGUCGAGGUGGGACGCUCUGCUGUGACGGGCCCCGGCGAGUUUUGGAUGCAGGUUGAUGAUUCUGUGGUGGCCCAGAACAUGCAUGAAACUUUGCUAGAGGCCAUGAAAGCCCUGAGUGAGGAGUUUCGCCAGCGCACAAAGUCUCAGUCAAACUCUGGUCCUGGAGGAGGUGCCACAGCUUCCAAUCCUAUCAGUGUUCCUUCUCGCCGCCACCAUCCCAAUCCCCCUCCAAGCCAGGUGGGCUUCCUCCGCCGUCCCCGAACUGAGCCUACCUUAGGUGCUAAUGUGGGAGCUCCUUUAGGCAGUUCCAGUGCCUCUCCCACACCUCGGCACAGCUUCCCGAGGUCCCGCACCGCCAGUGAUGGAGGGAAAAGUGAAGAUGGGAUAGCAGGAUCCACUCCGCUACACGGUGUAAACACAAGUCCUUCUACCAAUGGCUCCUGCUCUACCACCCCAAUCCUCAGGUCAAAGUCAGCCCGCUCAGUCCCAACCACAGCUGCUAAAACUCCUUUUGGGUUGAUGCGUUCCAUUUCAACUCCAGCCCCAUCCCCAUCACCAGCCCCAAGUCUCUCGUCCAGCUCUGGGCAUGGAUCUGAGUUUGGAGGUAUCACAUCUGCUGGUCCUGUUCCAGGUUCUGGUGCUUAUACUCGUGUAGCCUCUCGUCAUACCUCAGUCUCGUGCUCACCCAGUGAUUACGGCUCCUCAGAUGAGUAUGGUUCCAGUCCUGGAGAUCACACGGUUCUACCCUCUCCAAGCCUGCCAGGAAGCUCUGUCAGCAGCACUGGCAGCCAGUGCCUUGGCGAGGAUGGAGCCAUCCUAAUGGGUCAACGAGGUGGGACCAGCAGUAGUGUCACCAACAGUAAUCAAGGCAACAUGAUGUCCAGCUCCCAGCCUGUGCCAGGAACACCAACUAAUGGCUCACUGCCCCAGACUAGGAGAGUACUUCGUCGAUCUUCUAGCCGUGAAAGUGAGGCUGAACGCAGGCUUCUGAGCAAGCGUGCAUCCUUGCCUCCUAUGGCCCUGGAAAGACUGGCCCCACACCAGCGCAGAGCCGAGGAACCUACAGAUGAAGAUUCAGCUGAUUAUGCCAUUAUGUCAAGGAGCACCAGUCGGGAGUUCUUUGCAUCUACCUGCUCAUCUAUUCAAAGGGAAUCAACCUUAGGCUCUUGUGUAGGGGGAGGAGGGUACUUGGAUGUAGCAGGAGAGUUAAAAACUGAUGGUGGUCCAGGAGCAGUUGCAGGUGUGGACAAUGGGUACAUGUCCAUGCUACCAGGAGUCACCCAGCCUCCUGUUUCCUCAUGUCAGACAAUGACUGUGUGUGUUCCAGAAUCAGAUUCCAAACCUGCUGAUGACUACAUGGCCAUGACCCCCAACAAUAGCGUGUCUCCCCCGCAGCAGAUUCGUCCCCUGCCGGUGUCUGAUGGCUAUAUGAUAAUGUCGCCCAACAGCAGUUGCUCCCCUGACCAGCGUGGAAGCCUCUCUGAAGGUGCUUGGGUUGGCAGUGCCGAUAGCAGAGCUGGUAGCGACUACAUGAACAUGUCUCCUAUUAGUGCACCUUCUGUGAAUGGCAGUCCCCCUCAAAAUGAGCACACCUGCCAUUUAGAUACCAGUUUGCAACAGCCUCCAAAGAUGGUGUAUUCCUAUUAUUCCCUUCCCAGAUCCAAACAUAUUCCCACUUCUGGGAUUUUUGAUGUUGGGCCCGGACGAGGUAGACGCCCCAAUGGGAACUGUAGCAGAGGAGGAGUUGGCAGCAGAAACUCAGGGGGGCAUCUAGAGCAGCCAACUGGCAGUUCAGGGACUGGACGGCACCAAUCUCUCUCUUCGUCCUCAUACUCCUCCAGCUCAGCUAGCAAUGAGAGUCUUGGAGAGAACGAUGACAGGACUAACCAGGCUCUGAGUAAUGUGACAACUGGAUCACAGCCCAAAGAGGUGAGCAAGAUUACUCAGAGGCGGGGCUCUGGUGGGUUAACAAAGCAAGGUAGCCACUUUAGAAGCAGACCAGUAAGCCUAUUUGUAGAUGUUUCUAAGGCCAACACUCUUCCUAGGGUUCGUGAGAACCCCUUGCCCCCAGAACCUAAGAGCCCUGGAGAGUAUGUAAGCAUUGAAUUUAAAGGGGAGCAGUACAGCCAGACUGGUGUAGGAGUUGGGCGAGGUAGAGGACUGAGACAUGGAUCAUUGCUGAAUCAUGGCUCAAGUCACCAGCAUUCUCAAAACAGACCAACUCCAUCUCUGGAAAGCUUUAUUCCCCUGUCUCAUAGUCCCUCUGCCCCUGUCUCUCCACCGACUCCAUCAGAGUACGUCAAUAUGGACCCUGGCCCUUCACCAUCCCUUUCACCCCAUUCCAAUACCCAGUUAGUUUUUCCACCUUUCCACACCCCUCCCACACCCCCAGUUCUUGCUCAUGCCCCAAAAACCUGUACAGAAGGUACUGAUAGUCUGUGUCAAGGAACUGUUGAAGUUGCUGAGCCUCCUCUUCGUAAAAGCAGAGACAGUGUUCCCUUAGUGACUGAGACGGAGUCUCCUACAUCCUGUGGAGACUACACAGAGAUGGCUUUCAGCUUGAGCAACAAUACUGCCCCUCGGUCAUCACCAAGUGUCUCCCCCAAAGUCCCCUCUCCUACAAGAACUGAUCCUUCUGUUUCAGUGCUCUCUCGGGGUCUAGACUUCCCUCUAGGCAAAUCAGGACUGAACCCAGACCAGGGUGCGAAAGUAAUCCGUGCUGAUCCCCAAGGACGCAGGCGCCAUUGCUCGGAAACCUUUGUGGCCACACCCUCCCUGUCCACCUCUGCUUCUACUUCUUCUUCUACUGCCUCCCUCUUUCCAGAGCACACCCAGGCUGUUUCCCGCCGCCUCGGCUUUGAAAGCAUGUUGUGGGGGAACGGUGCCGUCACUGAUCCUCCAACUCAAUUUCCACUCCCUGCACAGCAGUCACUUCCCACAAACAAUCAGACAUUAUCCACAGAGCAGGGUCUUAACUACAUAGACUUGGACUUGGUCAACAAAGAGAGUCCCCACGCUGGCCUGGAAGGUGCCACAGGAGGCCAGCCCCAAUCUCGGCUGUUCUCUGUUCUUGGUCUGGCCGUGGCUGGGAGUAUGGGGGCAUCAGCUGGAGGGAGCAGCAGUUCAAGCCUCAACACGUACGCCAGCAUUGACUUCUACAAAUCCGAGGAGCUACGGACACAUCAGAACGGAAACAAAGAGGGAACAGAGUGCUGAUGUCAGCGAUUCAUCCUCAGAGAGACAAUCUGGUAUCACUCAAAGCGCUUCGAUGCUCCACCUUUUCCUCCUGUGACAGCCAAUCAGACGGACAGAGCUGCUGGAUUGGAUGCAACCCUGAAGCACUUUGACAUAAACUGAUGGAAAAUUUCUUUCUUUGUUUUUUUUUUUUUUUUCCUCUUCGCUUUCAUCCGGUUGGUUGAGCAAACCUACAGGGAUGUGUGCCAAAUGAUAUUCUUAAAGAGUAAUUUGCUGCUCUCAUUUCAUGAAGUGAAAGCCAAUCAGAGGACGGUACAGAAUGGAGAAUAAAGUGGAUUUUUUGUGUGUUUUUCUUUUUAAAAAAAAAAAAAAAAACUUCUAAU